AUAUUGCUUGAGACGAUCUUGAAAUAAUAUUCGACUAUGAAUACCAGCCAUAGUCUGUUCUUAUAAGAUCGUCUUAAGUUUAUUUUUUAGACGCUGUACGGAUUAUUUUUAUAGAGCAUCCGGGUGAUAUAUAAUAAAAUGGGAUGUUUCGAUUGGUUAACUUAUAACGCGACGCAUGCGUGUGACACCCUCAAUGGAAACUCCGCUUUAGAUAGUACACAUACAAACCGCAGAUGGCACUGCAUUUGCAAAUUUCCGCAUUUCUAACGGAACUCUUCCGUCUUCUUGUUUUUGCUCCUCGUUGAAGAGGAUGGUUGAAUGGUGAUGCCUGCUUGUGUUGGAGAUUUUGUGGCGCCAAUUAUAUUAUUGUCAGAUUUCAUUCGUUUUAUUUGAUUAUCUUCAAAAAUGCCGGCGUUUUUGAAGCAUAUCGAGGUGGAAAAUUUUAAGUCUUACAAAGGAAAGCUGAUUAUCGGCCCGCUGAAGUCUUUCACGGCAGUAGUUGGCCCUAAUGGAUCCGGAAAGUCUAAUUUUAUGGACGCUAUCAGUUUUGUCAUGGGUGAGAAGACUAGUAGUCUGCGAGUCAAGAGGUUCAGCGAGCUCAUUCAUGGCGCGUCUAUUGGAAUGCCAGUAGCACGAAGUGCUUCAGUAACAGCUGUAUUCGUGUUGGAGGAUGGAACUGAGAAGAGCUUUAUGCGUUCGGUACAAGGUUCUUCCUCGGAGCAUAGAAUCAAUAAUAAUGUUGUCACUAGCCAAGUGUACCUUAACGAAUUGGAGCAUCUUGGUAUUAAUGUUAAAGCAAAGAACUUUUUGGUAUUCCAAGGUGCAGUUGAAUCAAUUGCCAUGAAAAAUCCAAAAGAACGCACUGCUUUGUUUGAAGAGAUCAGUAAUUCGGGUUCGUUAAAAACAGAAUAUGAAAGAUUAAAAACAGAAAUGUUGAAAGCUGAAGAGGAAACUCAGUUUUCAUAUCAGAAGAAAAAAGGAAUUGCUGCUGAAAGGAAAGAAGCGAAAUUAGAAAAAGAAGAGGCUGAAAAAUAUCAACGUCUUAAGGAAGAAUAUAUAGAAAGACAGGUAGAGUUACACCUAUUUCGAUUAUUUCAUAAUGAAAAGAAUACUGAAAAUCUUGAAGUCUCUCAAAAGAAGAAGCAACAUGAAAUUGAAAAAGUUGAGAAAAAGAAGGAGAAGGCUGAGGAAUUAUUGAAAGAGAAAAAGAAAGAUGCUGCCAAGCUGGGCAGAGAUCUUGCUAAGAUAGAGCAGGAUAUCAGGGAAGUAGAGGUAGAAAUCACAAAAAAGAGACCAACGUUUAUCAAAGCCAAAGAACGCGUUGCUCACAUGCAGAAGAAGGUAGAAUCCGCGCGCAAAUCCUUGGCUCAGGCACGUAUCGCAGACGAGGCUCAUAAAAAGGAUAUUCACGAACUACAGGAAGAAUUGCGACAGGUGGAAGAAGCUAAAGCUGCUUACGAAGCGAGUAUAGCAGGACAAUCGCAAUUACAAGGGAAAGAUGUGCAAUUGGAAGACGAACAGGUAAAAGAAUAUAAUCGUCUAAAAGAGGAAGCUGGCAAGCAAUCGGCGAGAUACCUUCAGCUGCUCGACUCUAUCAAUCGCGAACAAAAGUCAGAUCAGGACAGGCUUGACAAUGAAGGCAGAAAGAAGACAGAGAUAGAAAACAAGCAUAAGCAGAAAGGACAUAUGGCAGAUGAAGCGCUCAAACGAGUUGAAAAGUUGGAGGAACAUAUAAAAACAUCAGAGGCUGCUUUGGAGGAUCAGAAGAAACUCAGAGCUGACUUGCAAUCCGACGUAGGCACGUCGAAGGACAAGAUUCAAAAUUUACAACGAGAAUUGGAGAGUAUCUCGGAGCAACUCGGUGAUGCUAAAGUUGAUAAGCAUGAAGUUUCCAGAACCAAGAAAAAGACAGAAAUUGUGGAGAACUUUAAACGUCUGUUUCCUGGAGUGUAUGAUCGUAUGUACAACAUGUGCGAACCGAUACACAAGAGGUAUAAUGUUGCGAUUACAAAGGUACUUGGUAAGUAUAUGGAGGCUAUCGUAGUAGAUACCGAGAAAACAGCCAGACAGUGUAUCCAGUAUUUAAAGGAACAAUAUCUUGAACCGGAAACUUUUCUACCGCUUGAUUACAUACAAGCUAAGCCGCUCAAAGAACGUCUUCGCAAUAUACAAGAGCCUAAAAAUGUAAAGUUGUUAUACGAUGUGUUGCAUUUUUCUCCAAAGGACAUUGAUAGAGCAGUUCUCUUUGCAACUAAUAAUGCUCUUGUAUGUGAAACACCAGAAGAUGCGAACAAAGUAGCAUAUGAAAUGGAUAAGAAAACUAGAUAUGAUUGCGUUGCAUUAGAUGGUACAUUUUAUCAGAAAGCUGGUAUAAUAUCUGGUGGCAGUUUAGAUCUUGCAAAGAAAGCUAAAAGAUGGGAUGAAAAACAGAUGUCUCAAUUAAAGGCGCAAAAGGAAAAAUUAACGGAAGAACUGAGAGAAUCUUUGAAAAAAUCACGUAAGGAAUCCGAAUUGAAUACGGUUGAAUCUCAAAUACGUGGUUUGGAGACUCGUUUAAAAUACAAUAAAAGCGACUUGGCUGCAACACAAAAACAAAUCACAGAUCUUGAAGCGGAAUUAGAUGUUCUGCAAAAAGAAUUGAACAUGUUUGGUCCUGCAAUAGCUGCUAUUGAGAAGACAAUGGCUGAAAGGGACCAAGAAAUACAAAACAUAAAAGAAAAGAUGAAUAAUGUUGAGGAUGAUGUAUUUGCCAGUUUUUGUGAACAAAUAGGAGUUUCCAACAUUCGUCAAUAUGAAGAGAGAGAAUUAAGAUCACAACAAGAAAGAGCAAAGAAAAGAAUGGAAUUUGACAAUCAAUGUAAUCGUAUUUACAAUCAAUUAGAUUUUGAGAAGCAACGUGAUACAGAAAGCAACGUUUUGCGUUGGGAACGAGCGGUGCAAGAUGCAGAGGAUAAACUUGAAUCCGCAAAACAAACCGAAUCUAAUCAAAAAGCGGAAAUCGACCACGACGAACAGCAAAUGGAACAAUUGAAAUCAUCUCGCAAUGCUAAAAAGAUGGAGGUCGAUCAGAAAGAAGACGAAAUUGGUAAAGCUAGACGUGAAGUGGGAGCCAUCGCAAAGGACAUACAGGCAGCUCAGAAACAGCUUAACGCAAUUGAAACAAAAAUCGAACAGAAGAAGGCCGAGCGACAUGCUAUUUUGAUGCAAUGCAAGAUGGAAGAUAUUGCAAUACCAAUGUUGCAUGGAAAUAUGGAAGAUAUAGCAGGUGAGACAAGUACGACGAACGGAAGUGAAAUUAAUAAUGAUUCGUCAGUAAGUACGCAACAACAAUACGAACGCGAAAGGAGGAUCACUAUAGAUUAUGCACUUUUGUCCGAAAGUCUUAAAGAUGUAGAAGAAGAGGAUAUCAAAAAGACAACCGAUAAAUUAACGAAAAUAAUCAAUGAUUUGCAAAAUACAAUACAACGCAUACAAGCUCCAAAUAUGAAGGCAAUUCAAAAAUUAUAUUUGGCGAAAGAAAAAUUACAAGAGACCAAUGAAGAAUUUGAACAGUCUCGUAAGAAAGCAAAGAAAGCGAAGACACAAUUCGAGAAAGUAAAAAAAGAACGACAUGACAGAUUUAUGGCAUGUUUUGAACACGUGGCUAACGAGAUUGAUCCUAUUUAUAAGAGUCUAGCGAAGAAUCAAUCCGCUCAGGCAUUUCUUGGACCAGAAAAUCCCGAAGAACCCUAUUUGGAUGGCAUUAAUUAUAAUUGUGUAGCUCCUGGCAAACGAUUUCAGCCAAUGUCUAAUUUAUCUGGUGGAGAAAAAACCGUUGCUGCAUUAGCUCUGUUAUUCGCCAUUCAUAGUUUUCAGCCUGCACCGUUUUUCGUUUUGGAUGAAAUCGACGCGGCCCUGGAUAAUACUAACAUUGGAAAGGUGGCCAGCUACAUUCGGGACAAAACAACCUCGCUGCAGACAAUAGUUAUAUCAUUAAAAGAGGAAUUUUAUUCACAUGCGGAUGCUCUCAUUGGAAUAUGUCCAGACGUAGGCGAAUGUUUGGAGAGCAAAGUGCUAACGCUCGACUUAACUGCGUGUCCUACGCAUAUUUCGUAGACAUUUAUUAUUUAAAAGAUCAUUAUUUUCUUAUAUAUAAUAAUCAUGAAUAAUUUUGAUUUUGUGACUUCAAAGAAUAUAUAAAUAUUCAAAAUAUUAACAUAUUAUUAUGGCUUUUAGAUUUAUUUACACAUUCUUCAUUAUUUGAAAUUAUUAAUUCAAGAUCAAGCUAUCACUUUGAUAAUUAUAUCAUAUACAUUUAUCUUGUAAGUCAGGAUAAGAAUGGCAGAGUAAUUGCGAGUGUGAAAUGUAAGUUAUAUUGUGAGUAAUUGUAAAUAGCUUCUAAAACUUAAAUAAAAACUUUGAAGUGCUAAACUCUAAA